AUUUUUAAAAAUGAAGCUUAAAAGGUUUCUUUUAAGAUAUUAUCCUCCUGGAAUAAUUUUAGAGUACAUUCGAAGUAAUGGAGAAUAAGAAACGAAAUCUAUUGACUUGCUAAAUUUAAGCAAUGAGUAUAGUUUGAAGUCUAAAAUAAUAGUACAGAUGUAGAUCAAUUAGUUGAAGAAAUAGUGAUGGAAGAGCCAAUAAUUUCAGAGAAUCGAAAACCUUAAUUGGCAGCCUUAAUAAGAAGUAAUAAAAUUUCAAAAAUUUAUUAGAAUUAAUAGAUAAGAUAGAAUCUAAAAAAGAGCAAUAAUUUGAAUUAUUCAAAACCUUAAAAGCCCAUAUGUUACCCUUAACAAAUUGUGCUUUUAAUAAAAAUGGAGACAAGUACUUAGUUGAUACAAACAUAGAUUUAUAACAGGUAGCUAUGAUAGAACUUGUAAAGUAUGGGACACUUUUACAGGAGAGGAAAUAGUAUCUCUGGAAGGUCAUAAGAAUGUAGUGUAUUGUAUAGCAUUUAAUAAUCCAUUUGGGUAAUAAAGUAGAGAAAUAUUGAUAGUGAUCGAGUAGUAACAGGAUCAUUUGAUAAGACAGCAAAAAUAUGGGAUGCAAAUUCUGGGAAAUGUCUAUAAACUUUAGUAGGACAUAAUUAUGAAAUAGUGUGCACAUCUUUUGAUCCUCAUUCUUUAAUAGUAGCAACAGGAUCAAUGGAUAAAACAGCAAGAUUAUGGGAUGUAGAAACUGGAAAGUAGAUAGCAAGAUUAGAUGGACAUGAAGGAGAAAUAGUGAGUUUACACUUUAACUCAGAUGGAGAUAAAUUACUUACAGGUUCAUUUGAUAAAACAGCAAUGAUUUGGGAUGUAAGAUCAGGAGAGUGUAUACAUAUGUUAGAUGAACAUACAGGUGAAAUUUCAAGUACUUAAUUUGAAUUUACAGGUGAUUAUUGUGCAACUGGAUCUAUUGAUAAGUAAUUAUAUUUAUUUAUUUAUCUAGAACAUGUAAAAUAUGGGAUAUUAAAACAGGUAAAUGUAUAGAAACUUUAAGAGGACAUAAAGAUGAAGUUUAAGAUAUUUGUUUUAAUUCUACAGGUUUCACUAUUCAAUUUAUUCUAGGUACUAGAUUAGUGACAGUCUCAGCUGAUGCUACUGGAAGAGUCUAUAAUGUUCAUACAGGAGAAUGUAUAGCAUAAUUACUUGGACAUAAAGGAGAAAUAUCCAAAGUUUAAUUUAAUCCAUCUGGAAAUAAAAUCAUUACUGCUAGUGCAGACAAUACUGCCAGAAUUUAGUAUUUUAUUUAUCUAUCAACUCUUUAGUUCAGAAACUGGAGAGUGUUUAUAAGUUUUAGAAGGACACACUGACGAAAUAUUUAGUUGUUCAUUCAAUUAUGAAGGAGACAUCAUCAUUACUGGAUCCAAAGAUAAUACAUGUAAAAUAUGGAAAGAAGUUAAUUUACCAGUCAAAAAAAAAUGA